AAUUUACAAAAUCAUAUUAUUCUCAUGCCAAAAUUCAAAAUUCCAACUUUAUAAGCUCUGGUUAUUUAAAUUCUCAUCACAUUAGUUAGUUCCUUCACCAAUUCAUUCGAGCUCUUCAUACUUCUUCACCAUAAUGAAUUCAGGCUGCCACAGGGUCAUCACUUGCAAAGGUGCGGUAGUAUGGAAAUCAGGAGAGACACUGAAAAUAGAAGAGAUAGAAGUGGAUCCACCAAAAUCAACAGAAGUUAGGAUUAAGAUGAUUUAUGCCAGUUUGUGUGGUACAGAUGUUCUUUGCUGCAAUGGCUUUCCAAAGCCUUUGUUCCCUCGCAUUCCUGGGCAUGAAGGAGUUGGUGUGAUAGAAAGUGUGGGUGAAAGGGUAAAAAGCUUGAAAGAGGGAGACAUAGUAAUGCCACAUUUCUUGGGAGAAUGUGGAGAAUGUCCCAAUUGCAAGUCAAAAAAGUCCAAUUUAUGCCACAAAUACCCUUUAAAUUUCAGUGGUUUGUUGUUGGAUGGAACAUCAAGAAUGUCAAUUAGAGGUCAAAGGAUUUAUCACCAUGUUAGUUGCUCUACGUUAUCAGAGUACACAGUUCUUGAUGAAAACUAUGUUAUUAAGGUUGAUCCUAGUCUCCCAAUUGAACAUGUUCCUUCCUUAUGUUGUGCAUUCACAACUGGUUUUGGAGCAACUUGGAAAGAUGUCAACAUUGAAAAGGGCUCAACUGUUGCUGUCCUUGGUCUCGGAGGUGUUGGACUUGGUGUAGUAGAAGGAGCUCGACAGAAAGAUGCAACCAAAAUAAUUGGGAUGGAUAUACACGAAAUGAAGAGUGAAAAAGCAAUGAUUUUUGGGGUUACUGAUUUUAUAAAUAUUUCUAAAAUCUCUGAAAAAUCAAUUUCAGAAUUAAUUAAAGAUGCCACUGGUGGACUUGGUGUUGACUACUUCUUCGAGUGUACAGAUGUGCCUCACCUCACCAUCAAUGAAGCCAUUGAAUCAACAAGAAUGGGAUAUGGAACAGUGAUAGUGCUUGGAGCUGGACUUGUGUUGGAAUGGCAAAUGAGUUAUGUCCCUCUUAUGUUUGGUCGAACACUCAAGGGAUCAAUCUAUGGUGGCAUUAGAACUCACACAGAUCUUCCAUCUAUAAUUGACAAAUGCAUUAGCAAGGAGAUCAAACUAGAUGAAUUAUUGACUCAUGAAGUUUCAUUCAAUGAAAUAAACAAGGCAUUUGAGUACUUGAAAGAACCAAAUUGCGUAAAGGUCCUUAUCAAGUUUUGAGCUAUUCAAAUAUGCCAAUUAUAUAGUCUUUUCGCCCUCUUAUAUAACAAUUAAAUUUUCAGCAAUAAGGAUAUGGAGUUAUGAAGUGUCCACCAUGAUCAAGCUUGUA